UUUAAAGGAUAAAUAUGUUCAAAAUAUAGUCAAAAGCAAUUACAACAUUUUUAUACAAAGACAUUUUUUUAAAAAACGAGUUAAAGUACGGUGUUUUUACGGAUUUAAAAACCUUUAUUUUACCUGACGAGUGUGCGAACGUUCGCAUCCUCCACACCCCCUCCCCUCCCCUCCCGCCGUUCAUCUGUACGCGCGCGUGCUCGCCUCCCUGCGCUCUGAUUGGACAGCGUCGCCUCCGUUCUGGACCGUCUCUUUCACCCGAUUGGUCUGCCGUGUUACGCGCGCACGUGCUUCCGGCUGGGUGUCAGAAAAUGAAAAUAAAAAAAAAAGAAGAAGAAGAAAAAAAAGGCGGCACGCACGCGCGCGGGGGGGAGAUAACGGUUUUUGUGAGGAGCAGAUUCAGAGAUAUUUACGCUGCGGCGGGGAGAAGCCGCGGCACUGCGUCCUGCGUGGAUGUCGGCUCUGCCAGCAGACAUGUCGCCUCUGUAGGUGAUAGAAGCAGCCAGCGCAGACACUCGGGCUUGUUUGUGAAUGCUGACCGUCUAAACUGGAUACCGAAGAGGGGCGGGAGCAACAAGUGGAGUUUGGCGUGGAGAGGCCGACAUUUCUGCCCCAUCACCAGCCAUGGAAGAGCGCAAGGAGCCCGGCAGCGGCCGGGAUUCCACCGAGGACGAGAGCAUGUCGCUGUCGCCGAACCUCCCCUCCCCUGCCAUGAUUCUGCCCCACCAGGCGGCCCAGCAGGCGCACAGAACCACGAACUUUUUCAUAGACAACAUCCUCCGACCGGACUUCGGCUGCAGGAAGGAGCCGGGCUACCGCAGCCAGACGGCGGGCAGAGAGAACGUCAACCCGCUGGGGGCGAGGCCGCACGCCGGCAGCCUCUGCCUGGACUCGAACUGCAGCAGCGACAGCACCUCGUCGUCGCCCGCCUCGUCGUCGUCCUCGUCGCCGUCGUCCAAGCAGAGCUCGGCGAAGCAGGGCGAGGCGGCGGGCGCCGGGACUGGCAGAUAUGCGGACAGCCCGUCAUCUAUUAUGGUUGUGAGCGGCAGCAACGGAGCGUCUCCGCCGAUAACGAAGGAGAGCCAGCCGCUGCUGUGGCCCGCCUGGGUUUACUGCACUCGGUACUCGGACCGGCCGUCAUCUGUUUCCACACCAGGGCCGAGGACACGGAAACUGAAAAAGAAGAAGAACAGCAAGGAGGACAAGCGGCCGCGGACGGCGUUCACGGCCGAGCAGCUGCAGAGACUGAAAACCGAGUUUCAGGCCAACCGGUACAUCACGGAGCAGCGGAGACAGUCUCUGGCGCAGGAACUCAACCUGAACGAGUCCCAAAUUAAGAUCUGGUUCCAGAACAAGCGGGCCAAGAUCAAAAAGGCCAGCGGCUACAAGAACGGGCUGGCCCUGCAGCUCAUGGCCCAAGGACUCUACAACCAUUCUACCACCACCGUGCAGGAGGAGAAGGACGAGAGCGAGUGAGGAGCGCGCGCGCGCGCAACGGACGCUAUUUAAAAACAACAACAACAACAAAAAAGACAGAUUUCUGUUUAUGUGAACGGUAUAUGGACAUAAUUAUAUAAAUGAACGAUCGUUAUUAAAGUUUAUAUAGCCACAGUUA